AUGGCUAACCCAUAUCCCAAUGAAUCCGCCAACACUAUCUACAACCAUCUUCGCUCGUUCAGCAACAAAAUUGGAGACCUGGGAGACACAGUUGCUUCUUUACAACUGUCCACCACCCUUCUUGAACUCAAUCACGCCAACAUGCGUUCGUUCGGAUCACCAGGCUCUAUACGUCGUCGCUUUUUCAGAAUCGUAAGCUUCGGUCGAAUCAGUAGUCGCAGCGCAGAAGACGACACAGAGCCACUUCUCAAGGCGGCCCAUGAAUCCAGUCGCAGACACAGUGCGCCACCCAAUCUGGAUCUCAUGAGCCGUAAUGGCUAUCACAUAUCGCCCGAUCGAAACGCAUCUACCAGUGUUCAACAAAGUCCGCAAUCUUCUGAUAGUGCUCAAAACAAAAUCAUCCAUGAAAGGUCACCAAACGCCAUACCUUUUUCCAUUGACGCGUUUCGUGACCAGCAUCGCGACUACUACUUCUCAAUCAUGGACUUCGACACGACCGCUAUACCCAAAGUCAGACAAGACGUGGUAGCGUCCGCACAUGCUUUCGCAGAAGACUCCCAUUGGGGCUCGGUACAGCUUCGUGAGAACAACAGAUCGUUCGUGCGUUUUGGUAAUUGCAGCCACUUCUGGGACUACAAGCAGAUGCAUUGCCCAUGUUGUGCAGCCCGAACUCUACACCAUGUACCCGGGGUCAGCGAAGCAUCAAAAGGCAGCAAUAGUACCCAUAAAGAUGGCGCAGAUUACACUGAAAGUGUGGAAGAAGAACAGUCAUGGGCAACAAUCACAACAAACGCGAUCGUGGCCUCGGCAGCUGCAUCUUCGGAGGCCCUACAAGGUUCAAGCUCAGAGCCGAUAGCAGAUCCUUCGGGCGAGAGCAAUGCCCCCAAGACAAAAAUUCAUCGUUCGACCAUCUACUGCUGCUUCGGCAAGCCUGGGGUUGCUCGUGUGGUUCAUUGCUGUUGCGGCAAUCCUGACACCCACGAUCGCCCUAAGCUCUGCACUCAGCCAUGUAUCCCUCAAGCUUGGCCCAUCACUGCUGCUGUCAUCUUCGGUGGACCUGCUCCUUCUAGACCGAUGUGUGGGUGCUCAAAUUGGGGAACCCGCCAUGUUUGUCGUCGGUUUUGGGGUGCUCAGCAUGUUGAAAUACUGGAAGAUGAGGUCCCAAGCGACGACUCUGUUAAUAUUACUGCGGAGCAGCACUGCGGUGCUUACGUGGAAAGGAAGGCUUGGUGGAGAUUGCUGAAGUGGUUGUGCUGCUGUUGAUGGGAGCGAGGCUCCCACAUGACUAUAGAAGUGCUAUUGAUACAAUGACACUCUUCCAUACCGGUGAUCAGAUGCGUGAGGGGCUGUAGAUAUGCACAGUACUUUUCUAGCUGCUACGGAUGCUCAUGCAGAGCUGAUUUGGGAUCGUAUCUCUGCUAUCAACGAUAUCGACUUGAAAAAGAUCACGCAUUUCUACAGCUGCUUGUUGCC